UUUUAUUGAUCCAGUUUUAUAAUUUGUUUUCAAAAAGUUUAAAAAUAGGCAUUAAUGACUUAAGCGCUAAUAACGUCUAUGGCGCAUAAGAUUAUUGUGAGGUCACUGUGAUAAUGACCCAACUAACUGUUUUUCACUAUUACAUUUUCUAAGCUUAUCGCGAGGUUUACAGCUCACUGAGCCACUUCCUAUUUUUUCCAUAUUAUCAGGGGAUAUUUAUUUGUAUGGCAACACUAAACGAUGCGUUUCGUUACUGCAGCAGUAUCAAAUGUGGCGCUCUGAGGUUUGUUUAAUUAAACAAUGAUUACACGCAUGGACAAAACCUAAGUGCAUAGGACAAAAUCAGACGAUUUUAUGUUUACGGUUUUUUAACAUCUCUACGUCUGUCAUCCAGAUACCCUAGUUCCGUCAAAAAAUUAAAAAGUAUUUUUGUGACUCCACGGCUCCACGCCAAAACACCCUGUUCUUAUGUUAAGAUGUCCUGAAUAAAAGAAAAUCUUAGAUGAUUCUACAAUGCCGAUCAUAAAAUCUGCAGUACAGCCAGAGGCAGGAUGUACUGGUGUAGGUGCCCUACACAUCUCCAAAUUAGAUUUUGGAGAGUGCCGGUUCUGCGAGACGCAGGGCGAGCACACAAACAUGAUGUCGGAGCAAGUGCUGAGAGAUGGUCAAGAAAACUACUUUGAUAUGCUCUUGGACUGCUUCAAUGUAUUUCUAGCGACAGACUCAUCAAUCAGCUCCCUUAUAUGCGGCACGUGUGCGCAGCGCCUGCGCGACGCGCGCGAGUUCAAGCGGCUCGUGCUGCGCGCGCAGGGCGGCGUGCGGCGCGCGGCGGCCGCUUUCGAUGGCAACCAUCCCGAUACAUACCCCAAUAUAAAGCUGGAACCAGAGGACCCCAUGGAACCCGAGGACCCCGAACCCGACCCCCUACGCUUAAGCGAAGUCGUGGUCAAGUCUGAACCGGACAUGGACAUCGUCGAGCACGGCCUAACACGGACAGUUCAUAAAAGUGGCGUUCGAGAAGACGGCGGGGCGUCGGGAACGCACGGCGAUGGACAACCAGAACCAAAAAAACAACGACUUGAGACAAGCAAAAUUGACUCAAUCCUGGCCGGCAUGCUGUCCAGCUGCACCGAGGAAUCAACGGAGCAAGAAACACAAAACGAUCAAUAUACUUACGCCUGCAGUUCCGACAGCGUCGCUGCGAAAUUUCGAGAAGAAUAUUACAAAAGUAUCCCUCGUGAAGAAAAAGAUAAUAGUUUAGACAGCCUCUUCGAAAUACCAGACAGAGAUAUUAUAGACUUAGACGAGGCAACUAUGUUCUUCAAUACCGGAUGUGGUUGCAGACUUUCAUGCCUAGACAAGUUUGAUAGAAAUCAAGUUCUCAAAUCAAGAUUAGACUGUUUAGAACAAAAUUAUUACUGCUACCACCAUAUUAAUCACUUGAAUCUAAUGCUGUUGGGCGCCAUAAGUGCCACAGCGAGAAUAGGCUUAAAUAAUAAAAGAGAAAAACAAUCGAGGGCGCAUGUAGCCUACUGGUUUAGGGGAACGCCUGUCUGCAAGAAAUUCUUCCUUUUCGUAUACGGCGGACUUACAAAUACAAAAUACGAGAAAAUACUAAAGUGUUUUAAAGCGAGGGGAGUAGAAUCUUUAACGCAUCAUUGUAAAAAACCUUUAAUGACGAGGCAACAGAAGGCUGACGUGAUCGCGUUUAUUAAUAACUUUUCCGAGCAAAAUUCCCUAGUUUUACCAGGUAGGUCGCUUACCAAAACUGAUUUGCAUAUACUGCCGAGUAGUGUGACCAGAACGUCCUUGUACGAACGGUAUGUCAGAGCGUGUACACGGAACAAUACAUAUCCCCUCAGGCGACCAUUGUGGUACAAAUGUUGGGACGACUUCUGUCCUAACGUGACAGUCAGUGUACCUUCAAAUCCUUGUGUAACAUGUGAUGAUUUCGUCAGUGAAUUAUCGGAAUCUCAGACAGAAAAUGACAAAAAGAAAUGCCUGGGAGACGCGUUAGAUCAUCUAAAUGAUGUCCAAAUGCAAAGGGGUUAUUAUCAAAAUAUCAUAGCGCAGAUCACUCCUUCGGUGAUGAUGAAUAGUUUGUCUUUAGGUCAACAUGCUCCUUGCAGUUAUGAAGGCUUAGCGCAUUACUCCUUCGACUACCUCCAGCAAAUCCAUCUCCCUCACAAUCCUGAUCAAACCGGGCCUCAAGACUUUCUUAACAAUUACAAAGUGUCUCUGUUCGGCGUAGCUAUAGAACCUCUGGAUAAAUUCGUACUGUAUGUCAUUCCUGAGUAUGUUCCUAAGGGUAUUAUCUUGCUGAUAUCCCUUCUGCAUAAUUUCUUUGAAAAUUUCGCUUUAGGGGAGACCCACGUGGUAUGUCACUCAACGAAUCUAUGCAAGAAUAAUACUUUAAUUCAAUACGCGGUUUGGAGAGUUUUAUCAGGUUUACACAAAAGCUUCCAACUAUCGUUCCUCCCGUCAGGGCAUUCUAACUUCGCCCCAGAUCUUUAUUUCGGACUGUUUAAGUCGAUAUUUCGGGAAUCGAACGCUUCUUGUCUAGAGCAUGUGUGUGAGAUAGCUGCCAAUGCAGUUACGUCUGGGUCUAUAACUAGUGUUAUGGUCGCAAACGAGACUGGAGAGAGUUACGUCAACAAUUAUAAUUGGAGGGAGUUCUUUACAGCCCACGUCCCGGCGUCGGUACCGGAGUUACUUAUGUACAACCACUUUAAAACAGAAUCGUUAAAUCCAUGUUCAGUCAUGUGUUCUAAAUCGUCACCCAACAAUUUUUCGGCCGCGUUUAGGAUAAUUGACAUAAAAUUUGAUUUAAAUAUGCCAAAAAUUAUUGAACCACAACGGUUAUCUUUGGAACGGCAGAAAUAUUUGUACGAGAACAUCAGAAAAUAUGUGUCACCUGAAUUUCAAGAUAUACUCUGCCCCAUACCUAAUCGCGCUGAAGAAGUAACAAAUAAUUCUAAUCAGAGCGGUACUUCCAAAGUUGAAGGCGACCAAACGGAGCCUAAGAUUCUAUUGGAUCUAAAGAUUGAACAAGAUGGACAUAGUGAUAAAGAAACUAGUAAAAAACGUAAGCCCACCACAUGUUCUUACUGUGGUGACUUAGGUCACAAAAACGAAUGCAAACAAGGCGUUUACUCAUGCCCGAAACGACAAUUAAAAACCGAACCAUACUCAAAAACCAUUAAAAAAUGUGCUUAUUGUAUACCAAAUAAUUCUGUGCUUGAUCCUAAAUUAAAAGAAGUUUACAUGGAAAUUUGUAAUUGUAAAAUGGAGAGUCAAACUGAAAGUGAUAUGGAUCAUUUGAAUCUUGUUGAUUCAAAAGAGGAUCAAGUUAACGCGGUAGAAAGUAUACAAGGCGGUAGUAAUAAGAAGUUACCUGUUUGUUCGUACUGCGGUUUACCGGGGCACAGGAACCAAGUGAGACACGGGAUAUAUUUUUGUAAGAAAAGGCAGAAAGAUAAAGAAGCGGCUGUUAAAGAGUUAACGUGUUUUAAGUAAACAUGUAUACCGGAUGUUUAAUAAUUAAACCUUGCACUUCUAAAGAACGCAUCGUCAUCGAUACGUUCUUUAGAAGUGCAAGGUCUAAGAUGUCUGGUUAAUGACGUUAGGGAAGUGGGUUAGUUCAAGGGGAGAGAUCAGGUCAAACGGUAUAUGAACAUUUGUUGUAUUGAACUGCCGCCUUGUAUACUAUUUCCGAUAUUGCUAAAAACAGAAAUACAUAUAGGUAUCCUAGAAUAUCAAUAUCUAUUCUACCCUUCGACUAACAUCGCGUUUGUAGCGAUCGCAAUAGCAUGUCUUCUGUCUAAUUUCUAACACGUAAGACGGGUAGAUCAAAAUGCAGCAAUUUAGGAUUCAAAAUCCAGCAAUUUUGUGAGGAGACUCUCACUAUUACGCAUGUGAGAGUAGCACGCCCUCUCUUCUGUCUCGCUCCAACCGCUGCAUAAAUAUGAGCGCGGCGCCCGCGCGUGCUUCAGUUGACUCCGGCCGCCGAUGCAAACGCGUGUCCCAUAACCACCACAAACAAGUUCAUAGCCAUAGUGAAUCAUAUACCUACUAAAAUUAGGUUGAUAUUUGUAUUACUGGUUAGUAAUUAGUGAGUUUUUGUCACCUGACGAUAUAUAACAAAUUAUCACGCGUCCCUUUGGGUGUUUCUUACUUGGAAUAAUAUUUUCCAUGUAUAUUUUACGGUGUAUUUUUAAGUGAAUUAUAAGACUUAUUGAAUACUUAGAAAACAACACAGAUCUUA